AUGUUAACUGCAGGCGAUAUACUGCUUCUUUGCAGUUUGCCACUGCUAGUGGCUUAUCCAGCUUUCAAUUGGAACUCUUCAAAUGACUCAAAUAUAAGUUAUAUUCUGAAGAAAAUUGAUUUGGAGAGGAAAAUUAACACAUUUAUCGUUGUGGACGCCUACAACUCCGGGCCUAGCUGCCUCUGUGAUGAACAUAUUAAAAUACUCAGCACUAACACGACCGUUAAGCUAUAUAAUCCGUUCAGCCUUAGCUCAGCUUCGAAACAGUUCAUUAGCAGCGAACUGCUUUUGAUUCGCUGUGUACCGAACAGUUUUUCGGCUGAGCUUUUGGAAUCAAUGCUCAAUGUCCUUCAAAAUAGGCGAAAUGUUCGAAUACUUUUCAUUUGGAAUGAGGAGUAUACCGACGCAUCGAGUGAGAAGCUUAUACAGUUGCAGAAACAGCAACAGCUGCUCUUCAAAUAUUGCGCUGAUAUGCGUCUGCUCAAUGUAAUUGCCAUAUACCGGGACUACUUGAAAGAUGGACAUUUCUACACAUUCAGCUAUUUUCCAGAGUUUCAUCUUGAACGGAAAACAUUGGAUGAGGCUUGCUUCCCAAACCGCAUAAAGGACUUAAAAGGCAUUGCUUUACGAACUCUGUCUGAUCAGUUGGAGCCUUGGAGUAUUAUGUGGCGCGAUCGUAAUGCCAACAUACAGAUUAGUGGCUUUUUUACUAAAAUUUUGCGAGAGUUUGCUAAACGGAAUAACGCCACACUUUCCUAUCCAUUGCCGGUGGAAAUGGGUGUCUUUGUAGAAUUAGGAAUUUGGGUAGCUCUCUUACAAAAUGAUACGAUCGACAUAGUUACUGGAAUCGCGAUUGCGGGCUAUUCAAACAACUCUUUUGACGUAAGCGCAGCUGUACUGGCAGUGGAUUGGACAAUUAUGCUACCUCUACCUUCACGAAUACCCGAUAGUGAAAUCUUUGUGUUUCUUCUCAAUUCAGUGCUGGGCCUAUUAAUACUCAGUCUACUCUUUAUAUUCUCUUCCGUAUUCACCUUUGAGAGUUUGAUUUUGGAACGCCGAACGUCGACCGAAAGUUUUCUCUUUUUCCUUUGGACACUCACCAACGUAGUACUUCGAGGAAUAAUUGGUCAACCGUCUGGAAUUUUUAUGAGUACAUUUAUAUCUGCAAGUCUUCAAUCAUAUCUGACUAGCAGUCUCCGCUAUCCGCGUAUAAACGAUUUCGAAGAGCUGUACCACUCGGGAGUAAAAAUAAAAAUUAGCAAAUAUGAGUAUAACAUGCUUCCCUUAUAUUUCGACGUACAAAAUCUUAAAGAGUUAGAAAUAAUACUGGAAGUUGUGCCCUCAUUUGACGAAAUUCAACGACAGCGUAUAAUACUGGAUCCACGGUAUGCUUUCACAAUACUCAGUCCAAUGUGGUCUGUCAUGAUCAAGUAUCAGUCUCAUUUGCGGCAACCACUUUUUUAUGUGAAUGAAGAAAUAUAUAUGAGUAAGGCUAUUCCGAUGGCGAUACCAAUGCAGAAGAAUUCAAUUUUCCGCGAAGCGCUCAAUAAUAUGAUCAAUGAAAUCCAAAGCGUGGGAUUGUUGGACUUAUGGACUUCCCAAGCGUACGACGAUAUGGUGGCGGCAAAAAAACUGAACAUCACUAAUCCAGCAAACGAUGUGAGAAGUGAAAUAUUGGAGUUGAGUAGCUUCUACUGGUUGUGGUGGUUAUAUGGCGUUGGUGUGAGUCUGUCAAUUCUGAUGUUCUUUGCUGAACUUUGGUGUUAUGACAGAGCGGUAAAGAAGAAUUUGGCUAAACAGAAAAGUGCAGAGCGAAUAAUCAUCAACCGACGUGACAUCUCAUAA